AUGCCCUUCGGCCUUACCAAUGCAUCAGCCAACUUUCAACAUUUCAUCAAUGAUUGCGUCCGCGACUACCUUGAUAUGUUCUGUACAGCCUACCUUGACGAUAUUCUUAUUUACAGUGACACCUUCGAGGAACAUCAAGUACACGUCGAAAAAGUCCUGGAAGCCCUACAAAGAAAUGGAGUACUGUUGAAACCGGAGAAAUGCAAAUUUCAUACACAAAGCACCACCUAUCUCGGCCUUAUUAUCGAACCCAAUGGUAUUAGAAUGGACCCAAGAAAAGUGGAGACAGUGAAGAAUUGGACCGUCCCCAAAACAGUUAAGGAUGUGCAAGCAUUUCUAGGGUUUGCUAACUUUUACCGCCGAUUUAUACGCGGAUUCUCGGAACUGGCUUCUCCCCUUACCAGACUGACAUCCCAAAUCGCCUUCAACGCCCUGAAAGAAGCCUUCACCACGGCUCCCAUUCUUACUCAUUUUAACCCCGAGAAAGAAAUUACUGUGGAAACCGAUGCAUCUGACUAUGUCUCUGCCGGUGUACUCUCCCAAUACGAUGACAAUGGUACCCUUCGACCUGUCGCGUACUUCUCAAAAAAGCACUCCCCCGCUGAAUGCAACGACGAGAUUUACGACAAGGAACUACUGGCAAUUAUUCGGUCUUUUGAGGAGUGGCGACCGGAACUUGAAGGGGCUGCAUACCCAAUCGCCGUCAUAUCCGGUCAUAAGAAUCUCGAGUACUUUAUGAGUACCAAACAACUCAACCGGAGACAAGCACGGUGGGCAGAAUAUCUGUCACGGUUUAAUUUUGUUAUUAAGUACCGACCAGGGAAACAAGGAGGGAAACCGAACGCGUUGACAAGAAGAUCAGGAGAUCUCCCUGGAGAGGGGGAUGAAAGACAAUUGCAUCAGAGUCAAGUGGUAUUAAAGAAGGAGAAUCUUGAUGCAAAGCUAAGUUUGUUGGCGGGUUCUUUCUCAAAUGAGCCCGCUGAAAAGAACGCCUCACUGUAUGGACUAUUCGAUGAAGGAUAUAGCGCUGACCCGUUUCCACAAAAGAUACUGGAUAUGUGGAACAAAGGUGAACGACAAUCAAAGGAUAUAUCACUCGCCGAAUGCACCGAGGUUGAAGGCCGAUUGCUUUACCGAGGCAGUAUAUAUGUCCCUGAUUAUGACCCUCUUAAGCUCCGAAUCCUCCAACUUUACCAUGAGGCUGCCUCUGCUGGACACCCGGGAUGCGAAAAAAUAUUCGAACUCAUCAGUCGAGAUUACUACUGGCCCCUGAUGCGGAAUUAUAUUGCCCGCUACGUUCAGAACUGCCACACCGGUCAACGAAGCAAGCCCAAUACCCAUGGAAAACUCGGCGUACUUCGACCUCUACCGAUUCCCGAACAACCAUGGGAGGAGGUAUCAAUGGACUUCGUUACUGGCCUACCGGAGAGUGAAGGGCACGAUGCAAUUGUGGUAGUUGUUGACCGGUUAACAAAGAUGCGACAUCUCCUACCCUAUAAUACAACUGUCAACUCCGAAGACGUUGCUCAACAAUACCUGCGAAACAUAUGGAAGCUCCACGGACUACCAACACACGUCACCUCCGACCGCGGUACGCAAUUUACAGCCAAGUUUUGGAAGGCUCUUUGUAAACACCUCGACAUCGAAGCAAGGAUGUCUACCGCCUUCCACCCGGAGAUCGACAGCCAAACCGAAAGGCUGAAUACUGUAAUGGAGCAAUAUCUACGUGGGUAUGUCUCUUAUCAACAGGACGAUUGGGUAAAAUGGCUUCCUAUGGCAGAAUUUUCCGUCAACAACCAGGUCUCCGCAUCCACUAAAGCUACACCAUUCUUCGUGAACUAUGGAUUCCAUCCCCGAUUCACAGUGACGAUUAAAUCGCUUGACAGGACCCUACCGAGCCUCAAUGCUAAAGACUUCACCUCGAAGAUGAACGAACUCCAUGAGUAUCUACGUUCCAAUAUCCGAACGUCGCAAGAUCAACAAGAGCAGGCCGUCAACGCCAAAAGAACGCCGGCUCCACGGUACGAUAUCGGCGAUAUGGUGUUUGUUUCAGCAAAAAACGACCGAACCAUGCGUAACUCCUGGAAGCUGGACUGGAAGAAACUGGGACCGUUCCCCGUUAAAGAAAUUAUAUCGCCAUAUACGUAUCGGGUCGACCUGCCUAGGAGUAUGAAGAUGCACCCCGUCUUCCAUUUAUCAUUGCUAGACCCCGCUGCAAACGAUCCUGUACUGGGGCAAAUUCAACCACCAUCCCCACCUAUUAUCGUCGAGCAGGAGGAGGAGUAUGCAGUUGAGGAAAUCUUGGACUCGUGA